AUGGGUUCAACCACGGAGUUCACACUAAGAUGGGGCAUCAUGGCCACUGGCCAUAUUGCAGCGAAUUUCGUGCGAGAUCUCUUUACCGACCCAGCAACCCGCGACGUACAUGACGUUCGUCAUCAGGUAGUCGCUGUCGCAUCUUCCAACUCGAAGCAGAAAGCGGCGGAUUUUGUCAGCAAGGUGCAGGCCCCGAGCGAUGCCACCAUCAAGACAUACGGCUCCUAUCGCGAGCUUGUGGCGGAUGAGAAUGUAGACAUAAUUUACGUGGCUUCCCCUGUGAGCCAUCAUUUCCAGAACGCUAUGCUGGCACUUAAGGCCGGGAAGCACGUUCUCUGCGAGAAGACAUUCACCGUCAACGCUGCUCAGGCCAGAAAGCUGGUCAACAAAGCACGGGAGAAGGGGCUGUUCCUCAUGGAAGCAGUCUGGACGCGGUUUUUCCCACUGAGCACCAAGGUGCGGGAAUUGGUAGCGGCUGGGGCUAUUGGAACUGUUUAUCGGGUCAUCGCCGACAACUCGAUUCAUCGACACCUCCCAGAUGGGAGGCUGGACUUCAAUGACUCAGACCGUAUGAUUAACCCUGGCCUGGCUGGCGGUGCUAUGUUUGAUCUGGGCGUCUACUCUCUCACUUGGAUCAUGCAGAUCCUCUACCACCUUCAGCCGCAUGAGAAGAAGGAGUCACCUGCGCCGAUUGCGGCGGCUGUAAGCAAGUAUCACACAGGCAUCGACGAGGCAGCCAGCUUCAUUGUCCAAUUCCCGAAGCAAAACACCAUGGGGAUAGGCAUGACAACUCUCCGACUGGGAUCAGGUGUCGAUUUUGGCUUCACAGGCGGCCCAGCCAUCAAGGUCCAGGGGUCAGAUGGCGAGAUCCAAAUUUGCGGUCCGGCUUUCCGUCCGCACAGCUACAAGGUGAUCAAGACGGAUGACGGUGGCAAGGUUGAGACCAUUGAGUGCCCAUUCCCACAGGAUAGCGGGCGAGGUGGUUGGGGCCGCGGGCUCUACUGGGAGGCAGACGAGUGUGCCAGAUGCCUGCGGGACGGUAAGCUGGAGAGUCUCGUCCUGCCCUUGGACGAGACCAUUGUUACGAUGGAAAUCAUUGAGGCGGUGUUGAAGCAAGGCAUGAUGGAGUAUCCAGAUGUCAUCACGACUGACGUGUACGAUCCUGAGAGCCCUCUCAAUAACGGGCGCUAA